AAACAAGUGGAUGCUGAAAAAUCCAAUGUUGUUUUGUUUUUUUUCUUUUUCUAUUGGAUCCUCAUAAAUUGUGGAUGUGAGCAACUGAUCCUGUGUCUGAGAACUCUUUCUAGAAAGAACUCUGCAGAGCCUUGAUCCUGACCUGAAGUAUCCCAAUGAUGUCUCAAGGAGCAGCUGGCUUAAAAACUUCUUGGAAGGAGAAGGAGGGAUCUUUGUUACAGACUUCCGCCCCUCCUCCUGCUUCUGUUCCCUUCCCCUCUGCCCCCUGCAGAGUUUUGUUUCUGGGAAUCAGCAAGCUCUCCCCACCUGGCAGAACUGCUCAGAGCUGCUGUAGAAUUCACCCCAGUUUCCUCUUUCAGUCUGUGGACUGGGGUCCAGCCUCUUGCUGAGCAAGUUGAGAGGAAUUGGCUGUCUUUGAUCUCCACCUCCAGAAGCAACCUUGACAGGAUCAGAGUCAAGGAAUAUUUUCAUAAUGGACACUUCAUCCAAAGAAAAUAUCCAGUUAUUCUGCAAAAGUUCAAUGCAACCUGUCGGGCGACCUUCCUUAACAACAGAAUAUUCUUCCUCAAAGGGGAAACAACAGUGCUGUGGUGAACUGAAGGUAUUUUUGGGUGCCUUGUCUUUCGUUUACUUUGCCAAAGCAUUGGCAGAAGGCUAUCUGAAGAGCACCAUCACUCAGAUAGAGAGAAGGUUUGAUAUCCCCUCUUCACUGGUGGGAGUUAUUGAUGGUAGUUUUGAAAUCGGGAAUCUCUUAGUUAUAACAUUUGUUAGCUACUUUGGAGCCAAACUUCACAGGCCAAAAAUAAUCGGAACAGGGUGCCUAAUCAUGGGAGUUGGAACACUGCUCAUUGCAAUGCCUCAGUUCUUCAUGCAGCAGUACAGAUAUGAAAAGUAUUCUCCUUUCUCUAAUUCCACUCUGAGCAUCUCUCCAUGUCUCCUGGAGUCAGACAAUCAAUUACCUAUCUCAAUUAUAGAAAAAUCACAAUCCAAAAGAAGUGAUGAAUGUGAAAUUGAUGCCAGCUCUUCCAUGUGGGUUUAUGUUUUCCUGGGGAACCUUCUUCGUGGAAUUGGGGAAACUCCUAUUCAGCCUCUAGGCAUUGCCUACCUUGAUGAUUUUUCCAGUGAAGACAAUUCUGCUUUCUAUAUUGGGUGUGUGCAGACGGUUGCAAUUAUAGGACCAAUCUUUGGCUUCCUGCUAGGCUCAUUAUGUGCCAAACUGUAUGUUGACAUUGGCUUCGUAAACCUAGAUCACAUAAUGAUUACUCCCAAGGAUCCUCAGUGGGUAGGUGCCUGGUGGCUGGGUUAUCUAAUAGCAGGAAUUGUAAGUCUUCUUGCAGCUGUGCCUUUCUGGUGUUUACCAAAGAGUCUACCUAGACCCCGAAGUAGAGAGGAUUCCAAUUCUUCCUCUGAGAAAUCCAAAUUUAUUAUGGAUGAUCGCACAGACUACCAAACACCCCAUGGAGAAAAGUCAAAAAUAAUGGAAAUGGCAAGAGAUUUUCUUCCAUCACUAAAGAAUAUUUUUGGAAAUCCACUGUACUUGUUAUAUUUGUGUGCGAGCACUGUUCAGUUCAACUCUUUAUUUGGAAUGGUAACCUAUAAACCCAAGUACAUUGAGCAACAGUAUGGGCAGUCAGCCUCCAAGGCCAACUUCGUUAUUGGGCUCAUCAAUAUACCUGCAGUGGCCCUUGGAAUAUUCUCUGGGGGAAUAGUUAUGAAAAAAUUCAGAAUCAGUCUGUAUGGAGCUGCAAAACUCUACUUGGGAUCAUCUGUUCUUGGGUACCUCCUAUUCCUUUCCCUGUUUGCACUGGGCUGUGAAAAUUCUGAUGUGGCAGGACUAACUAUUUCCUACCAAGGAACCAAACCUGUCUCUUAUCAUGAACGAGCUCUCUUUUCAGAUUGCAACUCAAGAUGCAAAUGUUCAGAGACAAAAUGGGAACCUGUGUGUGGCGACAAUGGAAUCACAUAUGCAUCAGCAUGUCUCGCUGGCUGUCAGACCUCCACCAGGAAUGGACAAACUAUGAUGUUUUAUAACUGCACCUGUGUGGGAAUUGCAGCCUCAAAGUCAGGAAAUUCCUCAGGCGUGAUGGGCAGAUGUCAAAAAGAUAAUGGAUGUCCCAAAAUGUUUCUGUAUUUCCUUGUAAUUUCAGUCAUCACAUCCUAUACUUUAUCCCUAGGUGGCAUACCUGGAUACAUAUUGCUUCUAAGGUGCAUUAAGCCACAACUUAAGUCUUUUGCCCUGGGAAUCUACACCUUGGCAAUAAGAGUUCUUGCAGGAAUCCCAGCUCCUGUGUACUUUGGAAUUUUGAUUGACACUUCAUGCCUCAAAUGGGGAUUUAAAAGAUGUGGAAGUAGAGGAUCCUGCAGAUUAUAUGAUUCAAAUGCUUUCAGACACAUAUAUCUGGGACUAACUGUGAUGCUGGGCACAGUGUCUAUUUUCCUAAGUAUUGCAGUACUUUUCACUUUAAAGAAAAAUUGUGUUUCAAAACAUAGAAGCUUCAGAACCAAGAGAGAAGGAACAAUGGUGUCUACAACAAUCAGGAAGGAAAACUGUACUACAGGUGAUCAUUUGCUACAACCCAACUACUGGCCAGGCAAGGAAACACAGCUUUAGAAAGAUUACGACUUGAAGCCAUGUUUUCUAAUUUCUGGAAAUUCUGCAAAUAGAUUUCAAUCUAAAGGGUUUUAAAGUGUAAUUUUUUUUCUCCUUUCAAAGGAUGUCUUGGAUUUUGACCCUAGGUAUUAGAUGACGUAUCUGAUAACAAAUAUAAUUAAACAUAUAACAGACAAUGUAGAUAAUAAAGUUCAUCUAAACCUUUUAAUUCAUUAUAUUAUUUAUAUAAAUUACUUAUAUUAUUUACUUGUCCUGCUAAAUUUUGCCUUGUGCCCAUUGAUAUAGUAGCUGUAUUUCUAGUAGAACAAGUGUCCUAAUAGUCUAAUGGCUGUGUAUAAUUUCUAAACUGAGAUACUUGUCAAGGGGGAGAGAAUACUGUUAAAAAAUUAAAUUAUAUCUUGGCCUCCUUUAAAUAUGACCUUAAUGCAGAUGCUAGGAUAGAGUCAGAACAUGUAGAGAAAGAUAUUUUUAAGCUCUUCCUUUUUUUUUUUUUUUUUUGGAAUACAGUAAUUGAUACAGAAAUGUAUAGUGUCAAAUAAUCUUGGGGGAUUAGAAUUUUGAAUUAUUACCUAUUCUACCAUUCAUUAUAUGUGCAUUGUGUGUGAUGCUUAAAGUGACCAUGGUGGUAAAGUAAUAAAAUUAAUAUUAACAUGCUUUAUUGUCCUUCUAUAAAUUUAGUGGAUUAAAAAUAUUGGUAAUACAAUACUGUCCCAAUUUGAAUGUAAGCUGUUCCACAUGUAUGCACGUGACGUGAUCCUAAAACAUAUUUGAAAGUUGAAUUUCUGAAAGUACAGUAGCCGUAGGUGUUAUAACAGGAAUGCAGACUGAGGGGUUGAGUGAUGGUGUGGUUCUUGGGUGCUCUAACUGGCACUCAUCACAGGGCCUAAUAGUUUCUGGGCAGGCUGCUGACACUGCUGCGGCCUGCCAGAUAGCUCUCUGUUUCUGGACAACUGAAUAAGUCAGGGCAGCCCUUUCCUCUUUGCGGGCUUCCUGGUGCUCCUCUGAGAAGAUAUAGUAGGCUCAGCGGUCCACCAUCUUUAAUCAUCAGCUCUAUUAUGUACUAUAUUUUUCUAUCUCCACCACAGCUGCAUGAGAGGGGCUUGGGCCUCACAAGAAAAGCAGAAUUAAGGUAGAGACCGCCCCAGUGGAAUCUCGAAAUUGUACUGCAAUUAUUAGCAGCCUAUACAACAAACAGAAUGUGCAAUCAGGAAACUCCCAAAAAUAAGUUUUUUGAGGAGUUUCUUGGAGCCUAUGUCCAACAAGAAGGUCUAGCUCAAAAAGGUAAUAGUCUUCAACAAUGGAAGGAUAAUAUAGUACAAACAAAAUAGUUUGCUGUCUUUUCAUUUUUCCAUUACAUACCAAUCCUGUAAGUAUGAAUAGAAAAAAAAAAGGUGGAAAGUUUAGGAUGGAGAGAAGAGAAAAUUUCCUUUAGGUGUAUAUUCAUUUUGUCAUUUUAUUUGAAUUAGUGAUGCAAGAUUUUCUCAUAUUUUACUAUUUUUGAAAAUGAAAAUAGACGUUUUUUGUUUCAAGCAUACCUACAUCAGACCUGCUGCUGCUGUGCUAAUGUGAGAGCAGGAAUUCUUUUUUGUCAUCUCAGUAUCAAUCUUACCCACAAUAAAUAUUUACCAAGUUGGUGAGGGAGUAUACUUGUCAAGAAUUUGCUCUGUAGAGAUAUAAUUAAAGUUCAAGCUCUUCAUCCUGUCUCCCACAUCCUCUUUAUUUUUUAAACAUUUGUAGCAAUAUCAUGAAAAAUAAUUUUUUUGCAAGUAAAUCUGUAAACAGAAUCUUAUCCAAUUUACUCUUGAGUAACUUGAAAAAUGAAUAUUGGCAUGAAAGUUGAUUGAAUGAUCUUUUUUUGUUAAUGUACUGUCAGUGAAAAGGAACCAUAUUUUUAUGCAUAGCCAUUAAUUCAACAAGUGGAAUUCUGUAUAUGAAACUCAAAAAUAUGGCAUAUGAUUUAGUAUGAUUUAGUGGGAAUUGAAUUUGCAAAGAGAAACCCUGAUUAUUUUAGAUGAGUAAAUUCAUCUGACAGAAAUAAGCAGGCUUUUUAUGCCUCAAAAAGCACAUGAUUAAUUUUUUUUUCUAACAAACCAAACUUCAUUUCAGAGGUCAAAUAAAUUCCCUCAGUCCUAGGGCCAGACAUUGGAGGUCAAGCCUUGACUGACAUGUGGGAAUCUCACAGUUGCUCCAUAUUCAAUGGGUCACUUUAUUCUCUUAUUCUCCAGCCUUUAGAAGUGGCCAGCACCUCAAAUGAACAUCUGAUUCUCUAUAAUUUUCAGACAGGUUAAUCUCCAGCUAUGCCAUUUUAUAAAUGGAGUGACUUAAAUUGGAUUAAAUGACUUACCCAAGGUGGAGGGGGACAAAUUAAUCCCGGGUUCCUCCAAUAUAUCAUGAUGCCUCUAAAGCAGGUAAUAAAAAUGUUCUGAAAUUCUUAAAAACUAGAAGAAUUUUUGUGACAAUUAGCAUUUAAGAAAUCUCCACUUACAUAUUACAUAUUUAUAUGCUCAUACCUAAAGGGAGAUUGAAAAAAUACAUUGACUACAGCAUAUAAUCGAGAAUAAUUUUAAAAACAACUAUUACGUUACUUUAUAACUAUUAACUAUAAUAAUAUUAAGCACUCUCCAUAUGUGUGCUGUGUGCUUUAGACACAUUAUCUCAAUUUCAAAUAUCAAAAUAACAUUAUGUGGUAGUUAUAAUUACUGAUAUUUUUAGAGGAAAAAACUGAGGUUUAGUGAGUUUUAGUGACUUAUUUAAAAUCAUCAAGUCCUAGUAGUUGGUUGAGCCAAGAUUGAAAUUGAGUUUUAGUAGUUUUGAACAGUCACAUUAUGCCUGUAUUAAUCUAUAUCCUAAAUUGUCAUCUUCCACUAACUCUGCUAAAAAUGAAAUUUGUACAUCUACACAUUUACAUUAGAAAAGCUUUAACAUACCAAAACAGGCACAUCAUUUUUAAAAAAAUCAAAUAAUACAGAAGGAUUUAAAAUGAAAAGUAACAGUCCUCCACCCCAACUUCACUUUUGUUCCUCAAAGGCAAUUACUUCUAAUUAGUUUGGGUUGUUGGUUUUUCAAAAUAGUCACUUCCACAUCUUUAAAUAAUAUGUUUGUGCCACUUUCUUGACUUACCAACUUUGGGCAAUGUCUAUUGACUGUCUGAUAGAUUAGGAGUUAUGUCUCUCAUUCCUUGUAAUUAGUACUAGUGAGGUCACUAUUCUGAGUUCCUUGAAUGUCACAUCAAUACCUCCAUUUCUUGUUCAAUAAACAUAAAUCAUAUCAUGUUUCCCCACUUUGUGCAAUGAAGACCUUGGAGCUUCCUCCCUUCCCUCGAUGUCUCCAAACUCUCUUUAUCUCCUUUCUGUUCCCUGUAUUUUUAUUUUAACUUGACAACAUGUUUAAUCAGCUCUGUAACCAUUCCAUCAGGAAAAGCCUGAAUGGUUAUGAUUAAGCUCAAUGCCAUCUACUGUUGAAGACACAAAAUCUCACAAUUAGGAAAAAAGAGAGAAAAAGAAUAACAUAUUUAUUGAGGACCAACUAUGAUCAAGCAUUAGAGGUACAUUAACGUAUUUCAGUGUUAAUAAUGAAGAUGUAAAAAAAUGUUAUAUGUUUGAAAAAUUUUAGAAUUUGCCGUUAAUGAUAAUUCUCACACAAGUGCAGAACCUUUAAGAUGUGAUGAUGUACAUUGCUGAUCUCUUCAAGAGGAUGUGUAACUCAAACUCAUUUGGCAUUAAAUCAACUUUUUGUUAACAAGUCUUGGGCUUAACUAGUUUUCUUCAAUGCAAUGUAUUAAAAAUACAAUUUUAUCCUCCUCCUUUUAAUUUUUUUUUUCUAUCGUAUAUGUCGGCUUCUGGU